UGAAUCAUGUGGCAAGCAAGUUGUAGUGGGGGCGUGCCCGACUAGAAAACAAUCUGGCCACUCUCAAUACGCCCCCCGUGCUGCUGUUGCUGUGGCAACGCAAACAAAACACACACCGACAGUGGUUGUGCCCAAGUUUGGCUCGAGCUGCGCCGCGAGCAUGACGGCGGGGGCGGUGGCGCCCCCUCGCAUUAUUCCCAUCGUGCGGCGGGACAAAUUACCCACGUCGAAGAACCGCGUUGACACCAGCACGCGUGUGUGCAUCCAGUCGGACACUGGCGACGCUUGGCUUUUCUACACACUGGACGGCUCGAAACCCGUGGCCGGUUCCCCGCCAGGACCAGGCGACGGCGGCAACAGGCGGCUCUACGUUUCGCCUUUUGCGCUGCCGAGCGGCCGAGUGUGCGUCAGAGCAGCGGCUGUCACCAGCGACGGGCGCCAAAGCGCAGCCGUCACCAAAGUCUUCUUUGUCAGCGAGGUGGAGCCUUCGCGACAGCCUGUGCUGUUCAACUUCCAGCUGGCGAGUCAGGAAGAAGGACUGCAAGACAUCACUUCUUCACCUCAAGGGUCAAAAGCGACGGGCCGCGCCCGGUCCCAAUCGGUUCCUCGGCGGGGCCCGCCCCCUAGCGGUUCUGCCCGCUCUCAUUGGGAGCGCACAGCCGCGCCGAGGGACCGCAGCGCCCGGCGUGACGCAGACGUUCGCUUCCGAAGACGUGUGCAGCGUUCACCUUUGAGCAGUCGUGACGGCGGCACAAGUUUGUGCGCGGAGUGCGGCGCUUCGCUGCCCCCUUUGCCGCUACGCGGGAGUCCCGCCGACGGGGGGCAGGUGGUGUGUUGUGUGCUGUGCGACGCUGAAGUUCCAGUCAACACUCGCGCUGAUUCCAUGUUCUCCCAGGCCCCUGACCUGCAGAAGCUCCGCCCCCAACUGCAAGUGUGCAAAAAUGGUGACAUUUUGUGUGUGUGUUGCGGCCGAGGAAACCCGCGUGACCUGUCAAACUGUUUGACGUGUGAGACCUGCCUACACACGGCAGCGUCGGAGGGGAACGGCGCCCCCUGUGCGCCAGCCUCACCCAACAGGAAGUUCUCCUGCUCCAAAUGCGGACGUCUAAACCGCAUCGACGCUCACUAUUGCGACUGGUGUGGCGCUAAGGCUGCGACGUGCGGCGCCGGCGCCUCUCCCCAGGCUGUCAUCCGCGCCACCCGGGGCCCCUACCUGGACACGCCGUCUACUUCCUGUUGUGACGCCACGACACCCACAUUCCAGGCCAGCCCGCCCGCCGCCGAAGGCCCGAAUCGCACGCAGACGUCGAGACCGCGUUUCCCGUCAGCCGCAAAACUCCGCCAGCAGGAGCGACAGAAGUCGCCGCUACGCGAAGACGGACGACUGCCGCUCGGCGCCGUCAGCCCGGGACGAGGUGGAAGUAGUGAAGUCAGUGAUUCCGAUAACAAUAGCGAUAUCCGUAAAAGAGGAGACGCGCGUGUCUGUCCGCCAUCAGGUUACUGGCGGACGCAGCUGGAUCACGUGUGCGCUCACCUGAGGAGUUUUGCCCAGAACAACGCCCCCUUCAGGACUCUGCUAGGAGAGCCUCGCCUCGGCCGGAUGAUCUCGGCUGUGCUACAAGAAGGCGCCGGCGAGGUCACGCUGACGCUCAGCUUCAAGGACGCCGGAAAGGAAGUUGCUUCUGAAGGUGUGGACAAGAUGGCGUCCACGAGGAAGCCAUGCCAAGGAAGUGGAAGCACAGCGAGCGUGACGGUGAAGGACAUCCAGCUGCUUCAUGAAUUGGGUCCAGGUCCCGCUUGCGGGCGCGUCAGCGUCGUCCAGCGGCUCUUGGAUCAGGGGGCGAACCCGAGCUGCUGCGACAGCGAGGGCCGGUCCGCCACCGCGAUGGCUGCCGUCAACGGGCACCACGCAGUCUUGCCGCUUCUGCUGCAGCGCGGCGCCGAUGUCGACCGCCCGUCUGGCCAGAUGAAGAACACGGCGCUGCACGAGGCUGCCGCACUAGGACCUCAAGGUUUACGCUGUGCGCACGUUCUCAUCAGCUGCGCCGCCGCCACAGGGCUCCGUAACAAAGACGGCCGCACGGCCUACGACGUGGCGGCCGCGAGCGGAUGCGCCGCCAUGAUGUCCCUGUUGAAUGGCUCUGUCUCUUUGGAAGGGGCGGGGCUUACACCUGACUCCAAGCAACAUCCAAACUAGCCGGAGUUGAGCUAGCGGUUAAGGGUUAAGCUAAGGGUUAGCCCCGGAUGCCCAAGCUAGGUUGAAGGCCUUCGCCGCCACCACCGGAGCUCGCGGCCCGCCUUCCCGAGCCUCAACAUCCGGGGAGGCCUUUAGCCGAGCUUCAGCGCGGGCGGAGGCUUUUGGCCUAGCUUCGGUGUCCCGGGCUAACGCGGCGGGCCACGAUUCGAGCUCCCAGGCGGCGGAGGCCGUCAGCCCGGGACGCCGAAGUUAGGCUAAAGGCCUCCGCUACCUGAAAGCUCGGCUCGUGGCCCGCCGCCGGAGCCCACCUAUCAGACUCCGCGUCAUUCCCUUCCCGAGAACCGUCCACGGUUGCCGGCGCGGAGCUCCCGGGGGCCUUCGUUUAUGCACUUAUGUCGCGUGUAAGCCUCCAAGCGGCCAGACUCCGCGUCAUUCCCCCGGAAUAACCAUCCGAAUAUUCAUUCAUUCCAGCCACAGGUUCAAAUCUGUAUGAAAGUAUUCCUCUCUCUUCCCACUCGAGUGAUACUGCUAUUUCUUCAUCAGAUAGGGAUAAAUCAGCACUGGGCAUAAUGGUGUCCCAUGUCAUCGAGCGUUUGGAACGGCUGUGCCACACGUCACAUCCGCCCACGUACCUCAUGUGACUCGUGAUAAUGGCAACGCCCCUGAAAAUUCGUACUCGUCGACAAAUAUCUUCUCAAAACACGAUGAAAUGAGAAGAGGAUUUAACAUCACAUUGUCAAAAUAGGCUCCAUAUUACCAUAUGACCUAUUGGAUACACUCUUCAUGCAAAGCACUGAAAUUCUCCUUUAACAUUUCAUUGUUUUGUCAUCAGUUUCUUAUUUGUGUAA